CACCCAUGGAUGACCAAAAACAAUAGUGCAGAAUGACGCUUGAAGUUGUGAGCGGAACACUUCCUUGUGGUCAUAUUUACAUUUGACAGCGUUUCCUUAGCCAGCCAGGAAGCAUUUUACGUCAUGACGUCGUCUUUCCCCUGUCUCUUAACGUUCCUUGUGACGUUUGUGUUCCUGAGCUCUGCCCAGUCCGUCUGUAAACCACCGUCAGACGAGAAAUGUGUGUGUAAUUUGAAUCCAGUGAUAAAUUGCAAUUGUGGGAACGAGAACGGUCUCAAAGCAGAGUUGGAGCAGAUGAAAAUCGCCAUGGACCAACUCUCACAGAAGAUGGCUGAUUACCCUAAAGCUGACGCCAACGACACGGAAGCCGACAGGCCCCAAGACUGUCAGGACAUCCUCGACAACGACGAGACCACGCCCAGCGGCGUGUACAUGGUUUAUCCACGGGACAACCUGGGCGGCUUCCUGGUCUUCUGUGAUAUGGACACGGACGGCGGCGGCUGGACGUUGUUCCAGAAGCGCCAAGACGGAACAGUGGACUUCUUUCGGGGCUGGGCGGACUACAAGACCGGCUUCCCUUCCAACCUGAACGGCGAGUUCUGGCUGGGGAAUGACAACUUGUACCGCCUGGCUGUGCAGAAAGUCUACCAGCUCAGGGUGGAUAUGGAGGAUGUGGAGGGGAACACGGCGUACGCGGCUUACAGCACAUUUGCCAUCUCGCCUGAAUCCCAGAACUACAAACUCCACAUCGGGACUUACACCGGUACUGCAGGGGAUAGCCUGACGGUCCAUGACGGGAAACCGUUCAGUACCAAGGACAGAGACAACGACGAGGACUCUUCCAUAAGCUGUGCUCAGGCGCACAAAGGUGCGUGGUGGUACACUAGUUGCCACCACUCCAACCUGAACGGGCUGUACCACCUGGGUACACAUGAAAGCAACGCCGACGGUGUCAACUGGUACAACUGGAAGGGUUACUACUACUCCUUGAAACGCACGGAGAUGAAAAUCCGGCCAACUCCAUAACUUCACACAUCAUAUUGUAUCGUUCAUGCCAUCGAAAUGGAGAGGAAAACGGCUAAAGGCUCGGCUCAAUCCCAUUAUCGAGAUUUUGAUACGAAAUUCCUAUAUAUCCGGAUAUUAUACAAUAACAACUCCGUUCCUAGAACAGCAUGGUCAACUUCCAUGUUGUAAAAUCUUGUUUUAAAUCCUACAUAAAAGUAAAACAGCAAAAUUACUUUUCCAACACGAUUGCAUAUGCAUUAGAAUAGUGUAAAACUCUAUCAUUACAUCUAGCUUAAACCAGUUUAUUCUAGCAAGCUAAUUAUGAAAAGAUAAUUCCUAUUCAGUUAUACAUGUCAAGUCUUUAUGACUUGUUGAAAGUUGUUACAUUUUGGAUUUGGUUUUACUUGCAGUGAUCAUGGAUUGCUAAUUAUUUCCUAUUAUUUUCAUAGAAUUAAGAAUACACAGUGCUUAGUAUAAGUACUUGCUUAGGCUAUAUAUUUCUUGUUUGCAUAAGUUGUAAUCAUUAUUCAUUUCUUCGACGGACUAUUGUGAUGCAUAUUAUCAGUAUGAUCCUGCAUCUUUUCAUUUUAAUUUCUUCUUGAUGUGCUAGAUUCACAGAAGCGUUGGAUUCAGUGUCAUCGCCAGUAUUUGCCACAGCUGAUAUAACUGUCUAUCUGACCAGGGAAAAGUUUGUUGUUUUCCGCAAUGACUAACUUUAUGAUAGGACUUUGAAGCCGAUUUGGUUGGCCCUCGUCUGUUGUUUUUUCCAACUUACACCUAUUUACCGACGCAUUGUUAUAAUAUAGCGACUGUCGUGACUGACUCCUGUGAUGUUGUGCAUUUUACUCAUGUUAAACUCCACAGUAAAAUUCACGACUUUUGUCUGCUGACUAGUACUAACUACUGCCGUAACUAAAAUG